AGUGCUCCCCGGCUCCGGCUGACGUUGGACAACAGAGAUGGCGGCAGGAACCAGCAACUACUGGGAAGAUCUCCGGAAACAGGCCCGACAGCUUGAAAAUGAACUUGAUCUGAAACUGGUUUCCUUCAGUAAACUGUGCACAAGUUAUAGUCACAGUAGUGCCCGAGAUGGAAGACGCGACAGGUAUAGUUCUGAUACAACGCCCCUUUUAAAUGGAUCAAGUCAAGACAGAAUGUUUGAAACAAUGGCUGUGGAGAUUGAACAACUCUUGGCAAGGCUUACAGGAGUAAAUGACAAAAUGGCGGAGUACACCAAUAGUGCUGGCGUUCCCUCCCUCAAUGCAGCGCUCAUGCACACAUUGCAGCGACACCGAGACAUCUUGCAGGAUUACACACAUGAAUUUCAUAAAACCAAAGCAAAUUUUUUGGCAAUACGGGAAAGAGAGAACCUCAUGGGAUCAGUACGAAAGGAUAUUGAGUCAUAUAAAAGUGGUUCUGGAGUGAACAAUAGAAGAACUGAAUUAUUUCUGAAAGAACAUGACCACCUACGAAACUCAGAUCGACUGAUUGAAGAAACAAUAAGCAUCGCAAUGGCAACGAAAGAAAAUAUGACGUCUCAGAGAGGGAUGCUGAAGUCUAUACAGAGCAGGAUGAACACACUGGCCAUGCCUUCCCACAGAUCGUUUUCCUGCGGUAAACAGCUUAAUCCAGAGGAUCAACCUGCGCAAACGUCGAGACUCCCUCAUCCUGGGUGGUGUUGUUGGCGUCUGCACCAUCCUAUUGCUACUGUAUGCUUUCCACUAAUGGACAUUCUCUAGAGACUCUUGACAACCACCACUUCCUUGAGUUGAUUCCAAUUACAGAGCAAUGGGAAGGAGACAUGGACAGACCUGGGGAGUUAUUGGCCAUCAUCAUGUCACUUGGGGCCUGUGAGAGGCUAUGGUGCUGGUCCAGGUUGGGGCUGAAGCUGCAAUGUUUGUGUCCUCUUUUCACCAAAAUUUAUCUCCCCCUUUUUGUUUCAAAACCAAACCAAACUAAGAAAAGUUUUCAAUCCUUUGUGUCGCUAUGAGGUAAGUAAACAUAUUAAGGGGAAAAAGUGGCUCUAUGAUGGAAACUGGCGAUUGUUCACUAAAAGAAAAGUAUGUCUGAAGCUUGAGUGUCUUCAGUGGGCCAAUGUCCCUUGAAGUCCCAUUCCAGGCUCUUUUUGGCCUGUGACCAGUGUAUUGCAGCUUUAAGCCAUCAGGGUUGGUUUAUGAAUGAAUGCAGCUUUUUUUUUUCUUUCUUCCUUUUUUUAAUUUGUGGUAAACCGUCACAGGUCAUUCUGUGUCAUCUGUGCUGUAGAUUUCUACUCUGUCUUCAGUUUUGGGGGGUUUUAUAUUCAGAGGUAACUCAGUUUGCACAGAAACUAACCCACCUAUUUUUGUUGAGCAUAUAUCUAGUUUGGGGGACUUUUGGGAAACAGCCUCACUUUGGCAUAAGGAAGACUGAGACUGUUGCCCUAAUUGAAAUGCAGUAGAAUAUUUGUUCUAACCAUGGGCAAACUGCAUCGAUAGAAGGAUUCUUGGUCUGUAUGCUUUGGUGGGCUGGUGGUCAUCUAAAAAUCUUUGAAAAAAAGACACAAUGGCUUUUUAAAAGGUUGUUCAUUGUUUUGACUUUGGUUUCUUCUUUUUAAGAUUGAAUUAAUGUUUUCUGCUUUGAAAGUAGAAUGCAAUGUAAACUCUACUAUGAAAUGAGAAACUUAGGUUACCUCAGCCAGCUUUCAAAACUCCCCCAAACUGUUACAUGGCCCAAGCCCUCCUGAGUCAGAACUGACAUAUGUUUGUCAUUGAGGAAGGGUAUGGUCCAGUUUGCAGUCAGGCAUGCUCCACCUUGGGUAACUGUGUCAUGGGUAAACAAAAACAAAGAGCCCCCAUACCAUCCUGUGCUGCAUUAUCUAUCCCGUCUUCUUGCUCCCGCUGUGGGAGGAAACCAGGUCACCCUGUGUCUUUCUGAAUGUAGAAGAUCUCAUCUGGUCAAGGUUUCUGAACCUUCAGAAUGUUAUUUGGCUGUUCAGCAUACAUAGUGCAGAAUCUUCUUUUCAACUGCUCCUGUCUUCUGUCAGUCACUGAGAAAUUAUAAACUCUCCACUGGAGUUCUCUUAAAGUUCAGUCGCUCGAUCAGUCCUCCUGGCAGUUAAUUCCCCAUCUUGGUAAUGAUUGUGAUCAUAGGCAAUGUGGAGACUUGCCCAAUAUCUCUGUUCCUUUCCUGGAAAAAAAGGCUGCUUUAGACCUCUGGAGGUGCUGAUUCAUGCUCUGGGCUCCACCAGAAGGACUAAAAGAGCUUUGGACGUAGUGACAAAGCCACGUUAUGUUCCUGUGACCUGGAUUGACACACUGGCAUGAUAGGAUCCAGAGACCACAGAGAUUGUUCUUUUUGGUGUCAAAGUUCUGUUGCCUUCUGGAUUGGAAAGACGUGUGAUAAGAAUAUUUUUAAAUUACUGGGUUUAUUUUUCUAUGUAUGGGUUGAUCACUUCCUUGAUUGGGGAUGCUCUUGAUUUGAAAGAAAAUUAGUUUUCCCUGCAUGAAGCUUGAAGGAUCAGGGAAGUAAAUUCGUUAAUUAAAUUCUCUCUGUUGGGAGAUCAGAGCUCCCCUGACUCUUAUUGUCUUUGAUUUUUUUCAAAGGGCCUCACUUGGUGGGUGUGUCCCAGCUAGAGUUUAUAGAACUUUUGGUUACUCUACAGUUGGCAUUUAUAAAAUCUGCAGUAUCAUAAAAUAAAGUUAUUUAUUUAAUUAUAUAACCAGUCUUUUUACUGGUCUGAUUAUUUGGUGCAUUCAUUAAAUCUAAUUGUAUGAGAAUCAAACUAUUAUAGAAGAAUAAUCUUGCUUACUACAACAAAAUAAAUAAUCAGUUCUGUUGACUGGUUAAGUCAGGGUCAUGCAUAUGUGAAGGAGUAGAAUUUCUGGCAGGUAUCCUUUGUUUCUUUAGUGGCUAUUGCUAAUGAAUUUACUUUAUAACCUUCCCCCCCACCUUGCCACCCCAGAGCCCAUAUGAUCCAUUUUUAAUGUUGUCUCUCUCACUUAACACUGUGUACCAGUGGCCAAGACAUACUCAUUAUAUUUCUGCAGUGGCUUUGUUUAAUAUAUUCCUACAUUCUCCAAAAAGACCCCCUGCAAAAAACCACCAACAACCCCUAUAGUGUCAUAGAAUAUGAGGUUUGAAAGGGACCCUGGUGCUCAUCUAAGCCAGAGAAGCUCACUUAUUUGCUUGAGAUCACCCAACUUGUCAAUGGCAGGACUGGCUCCAGAGCCCAGGGCCCUCGACUCCUCCUUGUCUGAUGUGCUUUCUCCCAUUUCCUAUCAGAGCAAGAAAGGGAGGAGUGCUGUUGAGCUCUGACUUUACACUAAUCCCUGCAGCCUGUACCCUUGUCUUCAAAUUCAUGUCUUUUGCCUGGUGGUGUAUUCUUGUUGAGAAGAGAGGGGCCAAUUCUGAAAUCCUACUUCUUUGCUCAAAAGAUCUCAUCACUAAAAAAAAUAGGACUGCUUGAUGCUUUGGGGAAGAAACAUUCAGUGCCAUGAAUUAUGAACUUUUCUCUUUUCUGUCUUAUUAACAACCAGACACUCAGAACAUUCUAAUUCACUGUCAAGAUUAGAAAGCAUGGCAGCAAAAAUGGUGGCAGGGCCAGGAAAUUCCAAAAGAUACAUUUUUUUCCUUUGGGUUUAUUGAUAUCUUAGUAAAAUGUUUAAUUAAAAACUACUUGGUUCUUUCCUAAUUCAAGCCAUCAGCUCCAGGUGCUUUUGGUCUUUUGUCCUGGUAAUUUUCCACUCAUAUAUGAAUGAGGUGAGGUGCUCCCUAUAAAAUACAUUAUAUUACUUACAUAGGAUAAGAGUUUGGAAAUUUAGAGUAGAAAGAGAUCCCAGAGCUAAUUUAGUCUGACUCUUUUAUAGAGAAAGAAGAUGCUGGGGGUCAGGGAGACGCAGUGAUUGCGCAGGGUCGCACAGGCAGAAAGGGGUAGGGCUUGAAUCCAAACCCACCUCCCAUGCCAGUCCUCUCCACUCCCCUACUUGACCAUCAUGUGUUUGCAUUGUCAGAAAAGGGCUUUUCUGCCCCCUGUUCUUCCCUCCUUUCUGCCUGUUCACUUGUAGGCUUGGUUGUAAGAAAAACCUUCCCAGUAAGGAAAGUUGAUCCAUGAUCCAUGGCACUUAGAGCUGUGGUUAUGGAGGAGAAACCCUGAAAUUGGAGACAGAGCAUGGCAAGAAAUUCCCAGCAAGGUCACUUGCUUCUCUGUGUAGGAUAAGAUACAUUCACCACUUUCUCUUUAGUAUUGGAUACUACUAAAUGCAUCUUACUGAAAGAUUGUGCUUAUGGCAGUAUGAAUCAAAUACCUGUUUCUGAUAUGACAAGGAAGAGGCUUAAUCUUGUUAUAUUUUCAAACUCUGCAACAUAUGGAAAUUGAAGGACCUCAAACUUAUACAUGCUGAUCAUUAACGUCUCUACUUCUCUUUAGCUAGAUUUGUUUUUAUGACAACUGGCAAUGGAAAGGAAUAGAAUGUCCAUCCUAGACUGGGCUUAUUUAUUUGUUAUACUUCAAGUUAGAUUAUUAACAAGUAAUUAGAGUCCACCAAAUAAUUGAUGACCACCAAGAAUUCCCACUUAACCUUGCCCCAAGAACAUUGACACUUGGGUUAGUCUGGCUAGACCUGAAGUAACAUCGACUUCUGUGACAAGUGUAACUGAUGGAUGGGUAACUCCUCAGAGAACUCCAGGAAUUGUGUUCCAUCCUUUGGGGCAGGAGUCAUUUUGCCUUUUUGAACUCAUUGGAAAGAUGCACAACUUUGUUCGUAGGCCAAUCCUGUUGAGUGUACCACCAAACUUAAAUCUUUCUGGAAGGUGAAACUAAAGGAAGGGCCAGACAAUGUACCAAGACUGUUCGUGGAAUAAGAAAUUAAGACAAAGCUGAGCCAUAUUUGGGGGUCUUUGGUGACUUUCUCUGUACCCUAGAUCUAUCUCACCCAGGUACUAGGGCCUUUGCAUUUGCUUUCAUUCUUUCAGCUUUUAAAAGGGGAGAGAAAGAAUCAGUUACCAUCAUACAUCACCAGGAUGAAAGAUGUUUCCUCAUGAAAAAUGCCAAUACAAAACUCUUGUCUAUUCUUUUCCAGUUGCACUUUCUAUUUUUUUUCUUUUAAAAUAGCUUAUUGGAACCUAUUUUAUUGUAUUUGUAAUUAAUUCUCAUCUAAUGUGCAUUUUCUGUCUGUAUAGAAAAAGCUUUGUUAUGUAAUUUAAUAAUAAACUAGAAUUCUAAAUGGU